UAAUAGGUGUGCAUUUGCCGACAAUUAGACAGAGUAUAAGAAAACGACUAAACCCCUGGAAAAUCAACAGCUCCAUUCAACAUAUGAACUUGCCAACCUCUCAGAUUUCAGCUUCUUUUUGAACUCCAAAAUGAAGAUUGUUGUGAUAUAUCUAGUUAUGCUAUUGACCUCAACACAGAAAACAAGCAGCAGCAGCAACAAUCUAGUAGAGACUACAUGCAAGAACACACCAAACUACAAUCUCUGUAUAAAAACUCUGCGCCAUGACGAACGCAGCGCCAGCAGCGACAUCACGACGUUGGCGCUGAUCGUGGUGGACGCCAUUAAAGCGAAGGCAAAUCAAGGAGCAGAAAUCAUCUCGACACUCCUUGCUUCGAAUCCUCCUGAAGAAUGGAGAGUUCCAUUAAAAGAGUGUGCUUUCUCAUAUAAGGUAAUUUUGACAAUAAGUUUGCCUGAAGCAAUUGAAGCCUUAACUAAAGGGAACCCAAAAUUUGCUGAAGAUAGCAUGGUUGUAUGUUUUGGAGAUUCUCAGGAUUGUGAGGAGAAUUUCAAGAGUAGUAUUUCACCUCUUACUGGUUUGAACAAUGCAGUACAUGAGCUUUCUGGUGUGGGCAGAGCAAUUAUUAGAAAUUUAUUAUGAUGUAAUUUUCGUUUUCACUUUGUUUUCUUGUAUUUUAGUGCUAUUAUUUUGCGAAUCGAAAGUCUUAUCUCUCCAGCUCAUGAAUAAAUCAACCGCCAGCCGAAUAGCCAGAAUUAGAAUGAAGGAAUGAUUCAAUCCUCACGCUCCUCCUUUUUUGUC